AUGUUCACACCGCAGCCGCAGAGGAGAGGGUGGUCCCUCACGCCGAGGGCUGCCGAGAAGAAUGGGUCGACGCCUUCCCAGGGCAGGAGUGCUGGAGGAGGGUUCAUGGGGAAGGGAAAGGGCGUCGCCAUCUCCGAGGCGCCGCCACCGCCGCGGGCUUCUCUGGACGAAAAUGGAACUGAAGUGUCCGAGGAGGGUCGCGAUGCGGCUGUUUGGAAAAGGUUCCAGGAGGCGGGUUUGCUAGAUCAAGCGUCGUUGGAGAAGAAGGACCGGGAAGCGCUAAUUCAAAGAAUUUCCAAGCUGGAGACCGAGGUCAGUGGAAGCAAAAAAAACAAGCGUAACCGUUCACUUUUCUUUACCUCUUGGUUUAUCGGCCAUGUUUUGCUAGUUACGUAUAGUCGGCUUCGUAGUGUUACGAGACUCUUGCUCGCGGAUAAUCAUUAUUGUUAUUCAAUCAAUCUGAAAGAACGACUCCAUCAGUCGUGUUUCUGCUGGCAGUCCUGGAAGAACUUGCAGCUUUAGCAUCAUGUCAUACAAAGUUAUGUUCGUAAUCGUGUUUUUUGGUUUGCUGUUUGCGGUGAAUUGGGUAAUUUCCAGUGGCAUGGUGAACUCACAGAACAAUAAGAUCUAAGUUAUGGAGAUCCUGGAUAUGGAUUAUCUUGGAGUGUAAAUCCAAAUACUUUUUUGCAACAGAAAGGCUCAUACAGCAUUACUUCUUUAUUCCUCGCUAGUUCAUUGAUUUUCUUUGAGGAAAACAUAGUAUAGAGAAAGGAAUUAUCAUGAAAACCUCGUCAUUCAAUGAAGUAGUGGAUGCUAGUUCCAGGUUUGAAGUAGAGAAUUUGAGAGUGUAUGCUUGAUCUCUGAGGUUUUCUCCGUAGAUUAACUUUCCCUUUUAGUGCGUAUAAUGUCGAAGUCUUUACCCAAUGACAGAGCGUUGUGCCUUGGAACUUAAUGUUCCUGUGCUACUGAUAUUGGUUUCUUAAGUAUGAAUGGAUGUGGUGCAAUGUUAUUAAUGAACAGAUGUUUCCCAUUUUGUGGCCAUCUUUUUUGUCCUCGUUGAGUAGACUCCGUAUUAGUAGCUCUGACAUGUUUUAAGAGGAAGAUCGGUGUGUCGAAAUGCCAAGGUAUUUUUUUACCGUAUUAAGAGCACAAUAGAGUGUAGUGAAUGUGACUGCGAUGAUCAUGAACCCACACGCUGGGUUAUAGAUGCAGAUUGAUGGUCUUCUCCCAUCAGGCUGUCAUCUGUUUGCUUCAUUGAGGAGAUAGAAAAUAGCAGUUUAUGCUUCACUUCUCAAAUUUCGUAUCCCUUCAAAUAUGUUGUUCAAUAUUCGAGUAUUAGCGUUUAGAUCUAUUUACUAUGAUGGUAAUUUUUUUUUCCAAAUGUCAAUGAUUAAGGUUCACCUCAAUAUUUUCGUGAAAUAUGUCUAAGCAACUGAUUCAUGAUUGCUUCAUUCUGGAGCUGUUUUCUCUUGCUGUUAAACAAACAGUUCUAAUCCUUCAUCAAACACCUCCCCCCUCCUGUCUUGAGUGAAAACUUAGAUGAACCAUUUGCUGAAGGUAUUUUCUUAUCUGGUACCCCAUAUUUAUCUUUCUAUGAAGGCUUCCCAGUGGAAAUUAUGGAAGCAGUGAUGUAAUUUUGCCCACAUCAUCUGCUGAAGCAAAAAAUAGUUCAUUUUACGGAUGGUAUAGGGACAGAUUAGGCAACUAGAUUACAUUUGAGCUACAUUCUUUGUGUUUACAUAUUGGACGUAGUGGAAAACAUAGCGAAGAUUAAUUUUUAAUUUCGUGAAAUAUUACCAAUUUGUGUGUGUUGUUUAUUUUGAUUGAUCCAUUGUCUGAUUCCUUUUUUUCAUUUCCCCAGGUUUAAAGAUUGCAUGAUAGUGAUUAGCAUUUAUUUUUUUGGUUGACCCUUGAUUUAGAUGCUUAUAAUUAAAUUGGGUUUUGACGCUCUUGCUUUCUUUCUGGGUUUUGACAGCUCUACGAAUACCAAUAUAACAUGGGGCUGCUUCUGAUUGAGAAAAAGGAAUGGACAUCCAAGUAUGAAGAUUUAAGGCAGGGCCUAGCUGAAACUGGGGAGAUUCUGAAGAGAGAGCAAACUGCACACAUGAUUGCCUUAUCCGAAGUACAGAAGCGGGAGGACAAUUUGAAUCGUGCCUUAGGGGUUGAGAAGCAAUGCGUCAGUGAUGUAUGCCACCAACUGCAUCGCAUAUCAUUUUUCAGAUAUAUAUAUAUGUAUAUGUGUGUGUGUGUGUGUGUGCGCGCGCGCGCACGUUUAUGUAGGCUUGCAUUUUAAGUGUUUUCUGCUCUUACUGCUUGUUUUCUAUGACAAUAAAUUAUGUUUCCAGCCUCUCUAUCCGAUAACUUCUAUCAAUGCUGGUUUACGUACCUUUUAAUAUAGUCUUAACACUGGAAUAUAUUGAAUCAUUUAUCUAAUCCGUUCGUUUAAGUUUCAGUGACUGAAAUGUGUAUCAUAUAUAAGCUAAAUUUUUAUUCUAGCUUGCUCAUUUUCAUGAAACCUUUUUUUUUUUGGCUUUAGAUUACUAGCGAUCUGUUCAUCCACUAAUAACUCGCCAUUGAUUUCGUGUAAUCUUUUUGGAAUCACUUAUUGCUUGAUUUGCAAGGUGAUCCCCGUUUGUUCUAUGCUUGAGAUAGAUGUUUAGACCCAAUGACGGCUUUGCAUGUGUUUUUUUCCUCGACUACUUUUCAAGAGUAAAUAUUCCGAGUAUGUUAAUCAAUCUUUCACGGUUUCUUCUUGCCAUAGUGGUUGAUUGAAUACGCCUUGCACUAAGAACGAAAGAUGAUAAGGACGUCUUUAUCCUCUUUGUUUCUGGGGUUAUGUUAGUCAAAUGCCUAUCUGCAGUUGAAUGAUCUGUACUAUUUUACCUAAACGAUGGUACAAUGUCUUUUUCUUCCCGGACCAUAUAUAUAUAUAUAUAUAUAUAUAUGGGUCAAAUUUUAUGUUCCAUGUGUGAUGCUUGGAAUAUAAUCUUCCUAUCCCAGUGUUACUCACCGGAAAUGAUUAUUGGUGCAGCUUGAGAAAGCAUUGAGUGAGAUGCGUGGAGAGUGUGCAAAAGUCAAAUUCACUUCUGAUCAGAAGCUGGCUGAGGCUCAUGGAAUGAUGACCAGUAUUGAAGAGAAGUCCCUGGAGGUUGAUGCGAAAUUACGGGCUGCUGAUGCUAAGUUUGCAGAAGCCAGUAGGAAGAGCUCCGAGAUAGAGAGGAAGUUGCUGGAUGUGACUACUCGAGAAAGUAUAGCCCAGAGGGAGCUUGCAAGCCUCAAUGCCGAGUAUGUCAACUGUUUUGACCAUUUUCAUGCUCCAAGUUGUCAUGGUUUUUAAAUUAUUCUGCAGAUUUUUUUCAAUGAUUUCCUCUGAGGUGUCUGUGGUUGCUUUUGUCAGGAAGCAGCUCAUGAAGGAGGAUCUUGAUCGCCAAAGGGAAGACUUGCGAACGUGGGAGAAAAACCUGCGAGAGGGUCAGGAGAGGCUCGUUGCAAGUCAAAGUCUUCUGAACCAGAGAGAGAAGAGAUCAAAUGAACAUGACGUGGCUCUGAAGAAGAAGGAAAAAGAACUCGAAGCAAUGAGAGAAACGAUUGAGAGAAGCAAUCUCUUGCUGAAGGAGAAGGAGGACGAUAUGAGUUCGAGACUGAGCGCAUUAGCUGCUAGAGAGAAGGUUUUGGUUUUUGCUUAAUAAUUCUACUUGUUAACGGCUAAUUUUGGUUAUCUUGCUCUACAUGUUCUUAUCUUUUUUCUGUGGCCAGGAAAUCGACAUCAAGAUGGAGGACUUGGAGAAAAAAGAGAAGGAUCUGAUUGCCCUUGAAGAUCAGCUUAAUGCCCGGGAAAAAGUAAGUGCCUUGCUCUGAAGGUGCAUCAUCAUUAAAUAACUUCUCUUAACAUAUUCCUCUGUAUACAAAAUUCUGCAGAUAUACAGCGAUCCUUGAAUCUUUUCUCUGUUUUCCUUGUACUCUUCUUCUGGGCUAGCUAGCUUUCUGCAGUGAAUUCUCUGCAACAUUUAUUUUCCACCAUUGACAACAUUCUGCAGAUAUACAGCGAUCCUUUGAAUCUUGUGUUGUCUUAAAUCCUUGUAGUCUGAUUCUGGGCUAGCUAGCUUUCUGCAAUGAAUUUCUCUGCAACAUACUAUUUUCCCUUUUAUGGGCUGUCUUUCCCUGUGAUGACGGUGGCAUUUCCUCUGUUGUGUUGUGUGAUUUCAGGUUGAAAUGCAGAAGCUUCUUGAUGACCAUGCUGCUUCUCUGGAUUCCAAGAAGCAUGAAUUUGAGCUGGAAAUGGAGAAGAGGAGGAGCCUGGUGGACGAGGAGCUGAAGGAGAAGCUCGACUCCGUUGAGAAAAAGGCCAAGGAAGUAAGCAUGAAGGAGGAAAAAGUUGCGAAGAGGGAGCAGACCGUGGAGAAGAAGACAGAGAAGUUGAAAGAGGAGAAAGCCGACCUCGAUGUGAAAUCCAAGGCUCUGAAGAAAUGGGAGGCCGCCAUCAAAGCCGAUGAGAAGAAUCUUGACAAGCAGAGUAAACAGCUUGCUGAAGACACCCAGCAGCUCCUGCUGUCUAAAUCCGAGCUGGAGGCUGAGAAGGCUGCGGUGGAUGAAGAAAAGCAGAGUAUUUUGACUGAGAAGGAAAAUCUGAAGGUGACCGAGGCCGAGCGGGAAGAACAUACUCUGUUGCAGGCGAGGCUGAAGCAGGAGAUCGACGAGUACAUAGCACUCAAAGGGUCUCUGGAAAACGAGCGAGAAGAUCUGAGGCAGGAGAGGGAGAGAUUUGAGAAAGAAUGGGACGUUCUGGAUGAGAAGAGGGCCAGUAUGGCAGCAGAUCUAAAGCAGUUUAACGACGAGAGAAUGUUUUUUGAAAAAUGGAGGGUCGUGGAGGAAGAAAGACUGAGUAACGAGCAUCAGGCGGCCAGGGAUCUCGUCCAGAAGGACCUCGACGAUCUCAAUCUGAAGAAGGAAGAUUUCGAGAGAACCAUAUUGCACGAGAGAUCAGAGCUUCGUGAAAUGCUCGAGAAGGAGCAGGCAGAUGCAGCACGAGCACUCGAUCUCCAGAAGCACGAACUCGAGAUUAACAUGCAGAACAAGUUCGGCGAGAUGGAAGAAGACUUCCGUAGGAAGGUGGCGGCGUUCGAAGCGGAGAGGGAGAAAGAGCUGGAAAACAUCCGGUUGCUGAGAGAGAACGUCGUCUCGGAGAUGCAGAAGCUGAGUGCAGAGCAGAGGAGGUUCGACAGGGAGAAGCAGGAACUUAACGAACAGGGUAGGAAGCUUGAAGAAGAACGGGCCGAGAUAAGAAACGACGUCGAGGCGCUACACGCCCUCAGCAAGAGCCUGAAGUCUCAGAGAGAAGACUUUGUCAGAGAGAGAGAUAAUUUCCUCGCUCUCGUGGAGGAAUAUAAGGCCCGCAAGGACAGCGGAGCAGCAAUCACCGAGUUUGCCCCUAGUGAGAUCGAAGACCCGGGGAGUCUUCUGUUGCCGAGCCUCGCCGAAGGGUACCUGGACGAGCGAUUGAAGGGUAAGAAGGCCGAAGCAUCGUCCCCGCCUGCUGGAAGCUCUCCAUCUGCUACGUCUGGUGGCCGGAUGUCCUGGCUCCGCUCCUGCACGAAGAUAUUCAGCUUCUCCCCUGUGAAAAGAAUCGAAGAUGAGGCGGGUUCCUCCCAUGAGGCAGCAGCGCCACCAUCGAAGGUUGAAGAUGAGGCCGAGCCAUCUGAUGCCGAAAGGGUCGAGUCCGAAGGUCAGGUUAGGAUGGAGGAGGAAGCGCUCGAGGAGUUGGAUGGGGCUGGGAAGGAACCAGAACCAUCUCUUCUGAGGGAUGAAGCUGAUGGCGGCAGGAAGGAGGCAGAAAGUGAGGCUGUGAUUCUUCCUGUUGGUGGGCAAGAGGAGGUGCAGGUGAAACCCCAUCGUGUGACCAAACGGAAGGUGGGGAGGCCUGCGAAGAAGGGGAGGCCGGCGAUGAAGAAGACGCGCUCUGUUCAGGCUGUGGUUGAAGACGCAAAGGCCUCACUGAAGGAAGCCUCCUCCGACAGAGCAGGGCCGUCGAAUGGGGAUGUGAACGAUGAUGGUACUGCCCUCCAUGAUAUUGAUGAGAGCCAGGGAGACUCUGUGCACACUGACGGCAGGGCCAAUGUCGGGCAGAAGAGGCGUCUCCAUCAGACCUCUGAGACCACGGUGGGCGAGCCAGAUGGGGAAGGGAGCGAGGCCCGCUCUGAGAGCAUUUCUCUUGAUGGGCGACGCAAGAGGCGUCAGAUGGCUGUGCCCGAAGCUCAAACACCAGGGGACAAACGCUACAACUUCAGGCGAUCUACAGUGUAAGUUCUGAUGAUCUCUGUGGGUAAAAACAUCUUCUUUUGCUCUUCAAUCCUCCGAUGACCCUAAAUUGUUGGCGUUCUGUGGUGAUGCUGCUUGCUGCAGCGCAAACACGGUCGCAUCGACUCAGGCAGUGCUGGGUACCAAGGUGGUGGCGGCUCGGCCUCUGUCCCUCGAUGGCGAGGUCUCCAGGGGGGAAUCUGAGAAGGAAGGGACCGACAAGAGCCAGUCUCAGAAGCCCGUUUCGGUAAUCACAUCAAAAUCUUCAGUCAAUGCUCGCUGAUUUCAUCAAAUUGUCAUUUUGUUAAUUGGGUUUUAUGCGGAGAGGAGCUUCUUCUGACGGGCAAGCGACUACGUGUGAGAUCCAGAGCAGGGAAUUCUACGAGGAGAUUCAGGAGGAGGCAGCGGCGGUGGAGGAGGAGGACGUCGGGGAGGAGGUCACCGGUAUGCUGGUGGAGGGCGGCAGUGAGGAGCUCGGCACUGCCAGCUCCUCCUCUGAUGAGGUGGGGAGCUCCGACUCUGAGGAGGGCCACGGCGGUGACGCCUCAAUCCGCCGCCGGCUGUGGAAGUUCUUCACCUCAUGA